CAAAAAGCUUACACAACUCUUAUAAUAGAUAUUAGUUUGUUACCAAAACGAGUUGACUCCGCACGUGCGAACCCUCACACGAUUCAUCCCUGAAUUGGAUUUGGGGAUAGCAUUCUUCAAAUUAGGGCUUCCAUUUCAUUACACGAGAGAGUCUUCUCUCUCUCUCUACAAACCCCCAAACCCCAACAAACACAAGCUAAACCUUCUCAAUCCCUCUCUUUCGCGACCCAGAAAUGGCCGCCACAGCCUCCUCCUCAUAAACCCAUUCACCUUGUUCCUCCUCUUCUUUCGCAGAUUCUUUCUCUUUGGGUUUUGUUUUUGUCGGAGAGUUUGAUUUGGGAAUCCGAUCUUUUUCUUCAUCGAUCUUCAGUACCGGUUGUUUGGGGGUUUCUUUUCGGGUGAAAGUUAGGGUUUUAGGGUUUGGUUUUGUAUUGGGUAUUUUUUUUUUAGGGUUUGUGAUGGAUGAUAGUGUUCUUGAUGAUAUUAUAAAGCGACUUUUGUCUGCCAAGAAUGGACGGACGACUAAGCAGGUGCAGCUUACCGAGACUGAAAUUAGACAGCUUUGUUCUACGUCUAAGGAGAUUUUUCUUAGCCAGCCUAAUCUUCUCGAGCUCGAAGCUCCCAUAAAAAUUUGUGGAGAUGUUCAUGGUCAGUUUUCAGAUUUGUUAAGAUUGUUUGAGUAUGGUGGAUUUCCACCUGAAGCAAACUAUCUGUUCCUAGGAGACUAUGUGGACCGUGGUAAGCAGAGUAUAGAGACUAUAUGCCUUCUUCUCGCGUACAAGAUCAAGUACAAGGAGAAUUUCUUCCUUCUAAGGGGCAACCAUGAAUGUGCUUCCAUAAACCGUAUAUAUGGGUUUUAUGACGAGUGCAAGAGGAGAUUUAAUGUUCGUGUGUGGAAGACAUUUACUGACUGCUUUAACACCCUACCGGUUGCUGCUCUUAUAGAUGAAAAGAUCCUUUGUAUGCACGGAGGCUUAUCUCCUGAUCUAAAACACCUGGAUCAGAUUAGGAAUAUUGCUCGUCCUGUCGAUGUGCCAGAUCAGGGCCUUUUGUGUGAUCUUUUAUGGGCUGAUCCAGAUAAGGAUAUUGAUGGCUGGGGGGAGAAUGACAGAGGUGUUUCAUAUACAUUUGGAGCUGACAAGGUAGCUGAAUUUCUCCAGAAACAUGACCUUGAUCUCGUUUGCCGUGCUCACCAGGUUGUGGAAGAUGGAUAUGAGUUUUUUGCAAAGCGGCAACUAGUAACCAUAUUUUCAGCCCCAAAUUACUGUGGUGAGUUUGACAAUGCUGGUGCUAUGAUGAGCGUGGAUGAUUCAUUGACGUGCUCAUUCCAGAUCCUAAAGUCUUCUGAGAAAAAGGGGAAAUUCGGGCUUGCAAACAGCACGAUACGACCCGGAACUCCACCCCAUAAGGGCAAGGGUUAAUUGAGACCUCUAUUGUGAGCUAAUCAUGAGUAGUAAAAGCAUAAAAUCCGGGCUAUUAUACUUUCCCAUCUCAAUGUUUAGCUUGUGUACUUCUGAACUUGUGCUGCCAGACAGCGUUGCAAUGGCGGGGUUCGAUAGUUCAGCGCUGCAUUUCAGACAUACGAAGACACAGUUACUUCUACAGAGUUAAGAAGAGCCUAACCAGGCAUUAUAACGUUAAAGCUGUCUUUUUUUUCUUUCUUUCUAUUUUCUCUUUUCUUUUUGAAACUAAUGUAUAAUUGAAAUUCUGACUUUGUUGUGUGGUGGAAUUGGAGUUAAUUACUUACUGUGUUCCAUUGGCCAUUGUUGCUUUGAGAUUGGGAAAACUUAUUGAUUUUUAGUCUUGAUUUUAUAUAAAAUUUUAUGCAAGUA